AUGGUUAUAUGUGUUAUGCUCUUGUUCUUCAGAUCCAUUUUUCUGGCCGGUUCUCAUGGUGGCUAUGCGAGCUGCAAUGGUCGCAAGCCAAGCAGUCAAUGGAUGCUACACAUUGCUUUCGCUUUCGGGCUCGCCUGCAUGACUAUAGCCUUUGUGACAACUUGGUGGAUACCUCUCAUCAUCAACUUUGUCUGGAACCGUAACAUCGCAGGUGUUUCAGUUCAGAGCGAUGAAUACUAA